AGCACGCACAACGCCGCAAUCAUGACCAUCAACGCGACAUACCUUGCGCAACGGACACGCUCGUCGGCGAACUGGGCCGAUGCGAGACGGAGGGUGUUGCACGCCUAUAGGGCGUGGCUGCGAGCUGCCCCCGAAGUCCAAACCAUGUACACGCUCAACCUCCCCGUCUCCUCGCUCCGCACCAAGAUACGGCAAGAGUUCGAGCGCCACCGCUUCGUCAACCAGCUGAGGACCGUCGACGUGCUGCUGUUCCAGUCGCACCAGGAGUUCCAGGAGACGCUCAACUUCUGGAAACAGCAGAGCCAUGUGCUGAAGUACUUCCGGGCCGAGGAGGAGCCCAAGGCGAGGCUGCCGAGUAAUUUCAUCAAUGGGUUUUUGGAGGGCCGCAAUUGAAUUGGUGUAUCCGAGGGGUAUGCGAGUAUGACGAUAGAGAGCACGGAUGUGUACAUAGGUAUAACCAGAGAAGAAGAUACACGAACAUAAGCAAUCUUUCAUAUGUUCUGCAGGGCGAUAUCUCGCUGUCGUCAAGAUUCAUCAAACAUUCCGCCCCAUCCGUCAAGUCUAUCCCAAGUCGCG